GUAAGCAAAGGUAAUGUAGCAUAGGAGAAAAAAACAUAGGAGAACAACUACCCACCUGAACUAAUGUAACUAGAGUCAUGUUCCAAGUCUUAGGGCUGGAGGAAACUAAAGGGAAUCACGUUAAAGUCUGAGGGUUUUAAAGCAAGAUAAGCACACCAGCUGGGUAUGAGCUAAACAUUAUUUCCAGACCCACAGACUGCGAGGUUCAUAUUCUUCCAUUUUAUGAGUCUGAAUGAUUUUUCGUGCCCUAUUGGAAUAAAUUACAAUGAACUAUUUUAAUCUGCACUACCAGAAACUGUGCCAAUGUUUGCAUAGAGCAACAGUAAGGUUGUAUUGUAAGUAUGGUAAUGAACUGUUAAUUACUGGUGUGAAAUAUAAUGACCAGGUCAUACCUAUGCUAACAGACACAAUUUUUGUCACUUGCAAAUGUGGAAAAGAGUAAAGUUCACCGCACAAAAGGCCACAUACAUACAUCACACAGAAGGCGCUCCCGUCUACAAAACCUUAAAAUAUACAUAACUAUCAUUCGCCAUCUCUAACCUAUCAAGGAAACAUUUAUGUUUAAAGUGCCAAACAGCUGAAGCCGUUCAUGUCGCUGUGCAGCCAGGCAGUUCAGAAAACAAGGUUGCUACAGCGGACUUCUCUAGGUGAGCCUGCGAGUGCACCUGGCGAGGACACCCGCACGUCUUGUCUUCGAUUGGCUCCUUCUGCCACCUCGGACCUGCCCACGACAGCCCACGGCAGCUGCACCAGCAGAUGGACUUUGAGAUGCAGACAGGGACUGAAGUGCCUGCUCUGUGACAGGGCAUCCCUCUGUGGACAGGGAGAGGGCUGGGAAACUAACCACAGGGCGCCUGGAGACGGUCAUAAUCACACUGUGGCCGCCAAGCUAAUGGACUCAAAAACAGGGGAAUCUGAAGGAAGCAGCGAAGAUGUUUCAGGGAAGAAGAAGUCAAAGUUCAAGACGUUUAAGAUGCGGUUGUUUGGAAAGAGGAAGAGGAAGGAGGAUGGGAAGAGCGGGCUGAAGCUGAGCCAGUCCAGCAGUGACAUCACCGCUCCCGAAUCCAUGAGAGCCGUUUAUGACUCAGAAGAGGAGUCUGGGUAUUCCCUGGGUCUUCUAGCAUCGCGAGCUUUGUCCCAUGACAGCAUCUUCAUCCCUGAGGCCUCGCAGGUCCCGCCAGCCCCCAGCCGGGUUUCGUCGCAAGAGAAUGUGCAUGGGAGGAUCAAGGCAUUGCAGCUCAAACUGCAGCAGAACAUCCGCCUGGGCCCCCCGCCGCUCGUGACCCCCAGCCGGAGGGCCGAAGACACGGGCGCCAGCUCUGAGGACGACGGGCUGCCCCGGAGCCCCCCCGAGAUCUCCUCCGUGCACGAAGGCCUGGCCCGGUUCACUGACACUUACAGGCACCUUAGCUCUUUGAGUUUAGCGGGAACAGGCAGUGAAGAGGAAGAGCAGAGCUCCUCACAGCCUUCGUCCCGACCCCUCUCUCCGGUGUCUAAGCCCUCGUCCAGGCCCACCAGCCCCCAGUCUCCUGACGCGCCCGUCUCCUCCCCCAGCACGGACUUCGCCUCUCCUCCUCAGUCUACCGCCUGCCUGGACAGCUCCGCCGCCAGGCACAGGCUCUCCGUCAAGCCCAGGAAGCAGAGAGCCAGUGCCCGAGGGAGGCGACCCGCCGCGACGGCACAUAGAUCCCGUUCUGAAAGCUUGAACGACUUGGAAUCCACACUCCUAGAAAAGGAGGAGGAGGAGGAGCACGAGGCGGCAAGGGUCCCCCAGGAGAUAGUAAGAUGCCACUCCUAUUCCAGCCAGGUGACGGGGACAGAGAGCAGGACAGCUGCUCAGCUCAUCCAGAGGCCCACUCUGGUCCAGGCCCAGGACACGCCUGAGGACCAGCCGAGCAAAGAGUCUCACAGGAAGGAAGCCAGGGAAUCACGACUCCGCCCCGCGGGUUUCUGUGAGCCAGUGGACCACAACUUCACCAACCCCCUUUCCAGUCAGCCAGUGCCAGGCUUUCAGGAUUACUCUGCAAUACAAGAAUCUCUCCCUGUUGCAGACUCUGCAGCUGAGGAAACACUGUGCAAGCAGGGACCUGCAGAGGUAAAGAAUCCUAGCACAUCUAAAGCACAAAGUCAAGAUUUAGUCAAAGAAAUUCUGAAUUCUGGACCUUAUAGCCCAAAAGGAACCAUACUGUCCCCUGGUCUGCAUACCUCAGAUCAUGCUGCGCCCACUGCUCUAGUUUCAGCAACUAGUCUGACAAACAACAAUGGAAGUCUAAACAGGAGCUCACAAAAUUUCAUCCAAGGAGUCCACGUUGACAACAAUGCCAAAGAACUUCCUUCUCCCCCACCUAGGAUGACAAAAAGCUUGGUUUCUGUUGACAGGGCAAAGACACCGAAAACCUCCUCUUUGAAAAAGAACACAGCAACUGUCGAGGGAGUCUCACUAUCGCCACAGCCUGGAGCACAACGAACAGCGCCCCCUAGUGCAAAGGGGGAACACUUGAUUAUACAGACACCUGAUGCAGGCUGUUCUGAUCCAAGACACCGUCCAUCUUUCAAGAAAACGAGCGCCGGGUCUUUCCGGUUCUCUGUGUCGUCUGCCUGGGACAGACCGAGAGCUGGGAGCUUCACCGGGGUGGAGUCCUCAGAGGUGAAGACAGAAGACGUGCCGCUAGCCAAGACAUCCUCUUUCCCCAAGCUCCACCCCGUCUCCAGAGUGGAGGAAAUCAAGUCGGAGCCUCAGGGGGGGCUGGGAGGCAGCCAGCGGGAGAGGAGGAACACGUGGAUAAAGCCGGAGCCGGAAGCUCCGAGGGCAGCGAAGGAGCAGCUUGGCACGACGGCGCCACCCGCAAAGCGCGAGGACGGGGCUGCUGGUGGGGCAGGGGGCAGAGAGGAGGACCAGGGAGGGAGAUCAACAUUUGGGGUGAAACUACGCGCCACCUCCUUGUCCCUGAAGUACCGCCAAGACUUCAAGUCAGAGCUCGCAAUGAAGCGGCGCAGUGCUGAGGCCUACCCUGUCUCCCCUAGCACCCAGGAAUUCAUCCUGCCGUCAAAGGAAGGGAAAUCAGAUCCCGAAAAAACCUGGGAAUCAGCUUGUGCGUAUCUCAGAGAUGGCAGCAAACCCAUGGCCAAGAGCAGCUCAGAGCAGCCCCACGUUAAACCUCCCUUACCCAGGAAACCUGCUGCACAGAGCACAGCUGCCCCAGUGUCCUCAAACACGCCGAAGGAUGAGAAUAAAGAGCUGGACAGGCCAAGCCACAGCAAGGUCAACGAAAAAGCAGCUCCCUUAAAGACUGUGGCUGAGAAGGAGGCUGUGGCUGUCUCUGGGCCCAUGUGGAUCUCCAUGGCCAGACAGAGACAGAGAGGUGUCCAGCUGCAGUACUCCAGCAAAGAGGACAGAGACACCGCGGCAGAGAUCCGGACAGACAACCUGACCCCAGGAGAGCACAAGCCAGAGGAGGGGAGAGCUCGGAGAGAAGUGUGUGUCACGGCGGAGUCUCCUUCUCUGCGGAGAGACGGGCCAGACAGCAGGCCUGACGUCAGAGCAGAGAGGAGACAGCCUGGAAAAACAGCCCCCUCAGAAGUUGCACCAUGUGCUGUCCCACAAGCAGAGAGAGAAGUCAAACUGCCGUCAACCAAAGACACCCUGCUGCCUGUGUCUGGGGGGGGACAGCCCUCCUGGAUGGAACUAGCGAAGAAGAAAGCCCAAGCAUGGAGUGACAAGACAGUGGACUGACAGCUUGGCGUCCCAGCUUAUUUGGCACUGGACCCUGCCUGUACCUGUCCCUGAGUGUCUCCACGUUUGCCCGCUGUCAUCUCCUGAGCAGCCUGUCGGACUGGGGAAAGUGUCUCUCACCCCAGUGCUAGAAGGCUUGUCGCAGCUACGGACAGGUCCGACACAUGUUUGUUGGGGGGAAUAUUGCCAAUUUUUAAAACCUGGGAGCAAAAUGCACCUAGAUUUCUGCUUGAGAGCAUCUAUAUAUAUAUAUAUUCGUAUGAGCUUAACAUGCAGAAGUUACAUAGUUAUAUUGUCACAGUCAGGUGCCUCAGCCAGUCCCGGCUGGCAUCAUCCAAAUCGAUAAAGUUGCCGGGGCAUCUGAAGUGAGGGCAGGAGUAUAGGAUGUGGUCGGCCUUCUGCUCCUCGCCAUCGCCGCAUUCGCAGAUUGGGUCAUCAGUGAGACCCCAAUGGUGUAGGGUGGCCUGGAAAUGGCCAUGUCCGGUUUUUAGUCAGUUCAGCUUGACCCAGGCUUGUCUGGGUAGGUCAUUUCCAGCGGGUUUGUUUCUUGAGAGCAUGUGGCCUCUUGAGAAGAUUUCCAAUCAUUGGGCAGAUGUGUCUUGGCUGGUGCUUCUUGAGAGAU